CCCCCCGCCGGCUAACUCCUCCCCGGCCGCACCGGCUGCUCCCAGCUCGGUGUACCGCGUUCCGUCCCGCUGGGCUUCGUUCUGGCAAGGGCAGCCCCAGAGAACAAGGAACAAAAAUUCCUUCCUGUGACUUGUUGCUUGUCCUCUAAGUCUGUGCAGAGCUACACUUCCUGACUCUGCUGUGAAGAGCUGGGUAAGAAUGGAUGCAACAUAAAGCGUAAGUCCUGAAGCCUUAGUCAUCAAUCUGAUGGACUUACUGUAAGUAGGAGUAAGGCUUAUUUUUCACCUGUCUGCCAUGCAAAUAAGAAUUCAAUAGUGCAUUAUUAUUUACUUUUCUUUGUUAGCACUAAUAAGCAAAUACCAGAAAGAGCCUUCCUAAAUUGUUAUGAAAUAUUGGCACGCUCAAGGUGCCAAGCUGCUGUUGAGAUACUUGCAAUUCAGUUUUGGGUGAGAUGACACCUUGGUACAGGUCCUGAAACAUAACCUUUUACUUUGGGCUGAAUUAUGCUGUGUCUUAAUACAACUGCUCUUUAUAGUCAUGGCUUUCAACAGGGGUCAUGGCAGUGUGCCUGUGUGCAAGGCACUGCUCUGCAAGCUGGCGAAAGGUAUUUCUCAGUGCAUGACUGAGGCACUUCCUAGGCUUUUUUUUUUUUCAUGUAGAGUAACAUUAUGAGAGGACUCAAUAGAUUAAAUUAUUUAUUAAAAUGAUUUCUUGUACAGGUGUAUAACUGCCUAUUUUAGAACUGCAGCAGAAACAUUUUGUGUUUCUUGUGUCUUUGCUAAUCUGUGGUUUUACUUAAUGUUAAUGUUUAACUUUAAAAUAAACUGCUGUAUGCUUGAAACAUUGGAUGUUGCUCCUCUCUUACUCUCUUUGAAAAACUUCCUUAUUGGUGUGGCAUAUUAUUUCUCUGCUGUGCUUUUCUCCCUGUGUUUGCUGUGGUGGCUACAACACACAACCAAGAUGACAACUUUGCAGCGUGGAAGAGUGAAAAAGAUGUGGCUUGUGGGCUGCUAGCCGUGGCAUUAUUAAAUGAGUUCAUGCUUUACUUCCAAAUACUUGAAUUGUUUUGGUAUUGCUGACAAAGGAAAGAUGACCUCUACUGCAGGUCCACCGCCAUAUUAUGAAAAUUGUGGCUUUCAGCCUGAAAAUGUCCAUUCUGCCAAGCAGCCAGUAGGUGCUAACCCGUAUCCCCAGUACUUCUCAACAAAUGCUCCGUCAGUGCCAAGCUACGUCCCAAAGGUUGAUACCUAUCAGUCGAGUAGGCCAAUACCACAUUCAUCCAGGAGAAUAUGUGGAUUAAGCGUAAAGAAAGCCAUAAUCAUUAUAGUAACUGUUUUAAUAGUAAUUUGUUGUGCAGUUGCUGCUUUCUUCAUCUGGUAUUCUGUAGCUAAUAGUUGUCUCAGCUCCUUAAUUGAGUGUGGAUCUUCAGGAGUGUGUAUACCACCCUCGCAAUGGUGUGAUGGAGUGAACGACUGCCCCAAUGGGGAGGAUGAAACCCGGUGUGUUAGACUUUUUGGACCAAACUUCAUCCUGCAAGUUUAUUCACCUGUCAGCAAAUCCUGGUAUCCUAUUUGUCAAGAUGACUGGAAUGACGAUUAUGGGAAGACUGCAUGUGAAGACAUGGGCUACAGUGUAGAUACAUAUUACUACAGUCAAGGAGUAGCAAUUGAAGAUGACUUUAAAAGCUACAUGAAGCUGAACACAAGUGCUGAAAAUGUAGACUUGUACAAAAAGCUGUACUGCAGUGAUUCCUGUGCAUCAGGAAAUGUGGUUUCUCUGCGCUGCAUACAGUGCGGCCUUUCCACUAACAGCGUGAACAUCAUGACCAGAAUUGUGGGUGGCAGCGGGGCGGUGCUGGGGCAGUGGCCGUGGCAGGUCAGCCUCCACGUGCAGGGCACCCAUAUCUGCGGUGGCUCCAUCAUCACCCCUCAGUGGAUAGUGACGGCUGCGCACUGUGUGGAAGGACAACUUUCUGAAACAAACAGCUGGAGGGUUUAUGCUGGGAUUCUGAAUCAGGAUGAGAUGGUCUACAAAAGCGGAUACAAAGUGCAACAAAUAAUUUCCCAUCCAGAUUAUGAUACAGAUUCUAAAGACAAUGAUGUUGCCCUUAUGAAGUUAGAGGCAUCGUUGAGUUUUACUGAUGAUGUACAGCCAGUUUGUCUGCCUAAUCCAGGAAUGAUGUUCGAGACUAAUCAGGAGUGCUGGAUAUCUGGAUGGGGAGCAGAGAGCCAAGGAGGUAAAACAUCAAAUAACUUGAAUUAUGCUAGCGUGCGCUUAAUAGAACAGUCUACGUGUAAUUCUGUCUUUGUCUAUAAUGGUGCGAUUUUGCCUACAAUGGUCUGUGCUGGAUAUCUAGAAGGAGGAAUUGAUUCCUGUCAGGGUGACAGUGGAGGUCCGCUAGUAACUAACAAAAACUCCGUGUGGUGGCUGGUUGGAGAUACUAGCUGGGGAUCUGGCUGUGCUACUCCCAGUAAACCAGGAGUGUAUGGGAAUAUGACUGUGUUUACAGAUUGGAUUUAUAAAAAUAUGCAGGCAAACAGAUGACAAUGCUGGCUGUCCUCCUUGCUGAUCGAUGUUUCUGAGAACAAGAAUAAAUGAAGCCAUGGGUGCCUGGGAUAUUUAUUCACUUUGGAAAUGAUUUUUUUUUUUUUCCUCUUUGAAUUAUUUUUAAAAAUAACAUGAAGGAUUGCACACUCGGUUCUGUGCUGGCUACAGCAACUGAUCUUAAUCAAUGAAGGAUUAUCACAGUGACCACCUUUGUUCUUGUGGUGGUCUUGUGCCUGGCAGAAAGCUGUUCUGUCAACUGCUUGCUGAAAUGUCUCUCUUUAGUUGAGUAACUCUGACUUGAUAAUCAGGUACAGGCUUAUAAUGGCAAUUUUAAUAAAAAUUUAAGAUUUUUGUAGCAGGAUGAUGGGACAGUUGGUUUAGUAGUGUUUUAAAUUAAAUGUUAAGUAGUGUGAACUUUGACUCUCUGAGCUGCUGGUUGGCAAUUUAAAAAUAAAUAAAUGUUUUUUGAUAUAGAAUCACAGAAAGGUUUGGGUUGGAAGGGACCUUAAGGACCAUUUAUUUCCAACCCCCUGCCAUGGGCAGGGACACCUUCCACUAGACCAGGUUGCUCAAAGCCUCGUCUAACCUGGCCUUGAGCACUGCCAGGGGUGGGGUAUCCACAUUUCUCUGUGGAUACCUGUUCCAGUGCCUUAUCACCCUCAUAGUACAGAAUUUCUUCUUAAUACUUAAAACUAAAUCUACCUUCUUUCAGCCUGAAGCCAUUCCCCCUUGUUCUAUCCCUACAUGCCCCUGUAAAAAGUCCCUCUCCAGCUUUCCUGUAGGCCCCCUUUGGUGUCGGAAGGCUGCUGUGAGGUCUCCCCUGAGCCUUCUCCAGGCUGAAUUAAGCCCAACUGUCUCAACCUGUCUUUAUAGGGAGGGGCUCCAGCCCUCCAAUCAUCCUUGUGACCCUCUCUGGACUCGCUCCAACAGCUCCAUGUCCUUCUUAUAUUGGGAACCCCAGAGCUGAAUGCAGUGCUGCAGGUGGGGUUUCACAAGAGCAGAGUAGAGGGGGAGGAGUAUAUAUAUGAAGGGAAGUUUCCAUGCAUUAUGGUAGAGACACAAAAAAAACCCAACUGUGUAUUCAGGUAAUUAAAAGUCCUCAGGAUCUCAACACAGCAGUCAUCCAAGCCAGAUUGUUUGAAGCAAGACCAGUCUGACUGCGCUGUUCUGCCUUAAGCUUCUCUGAACUCAAAAAGGACAAAACCUGCUAUCACUCUUGAUGCAGGUUAUGCUCCAGAGCUGUAUCAGGAAGCAGUGAAUUAAGUGUCCCAAAGGUGAGGUUCCUGGCUGUACACAUUGAGGUUGAGUCUUGAACUCUGCCUGCUGAGAAAGGCAAAAGGCAAAGUUUUUCAGUAAGGCUGUGUUGCAAGCGAUAGACCUCUGAUUGCAGACACAUGUACAGAGGCUGGAUAUUUUGUACAAAAAAACCACAAAUCUGCAUUUCUAUGUAACCAAAUGAACUACCUCAUUUAUUAAAUUUGGCUUUUAAUUCCUUACAGCUCUCCUUUUAUAUAUCUGCAUUUCUGUUUUUAGCAAAAUGUAAUUAAUGUCAAGAAUGCCACCUCAAGUAGGAUUUUGAAAAUAAUUUAUAAUCAUAGUACACAGAAUCAAAAAGCCAUAACACGUCUAUUUUAAGAAGGAUAAGUCUUUUGAAUAAAAUGACUCCACUAGUCUUGUUUUCUCUUUUAGUACUGAAAUGUAAUUAUCUUACAUGUAAACACUGCACCAAAUAAAUUUUUUUACAAAUAGUUU